AUGGGGAGGAAGAAAAUCUCAGAUUUUAGCAUGGAAGAAAAGGACUUAAAGCUCCCAGAACUGGACUUGCAUUUCUACAUAACUCCAGAGGUCCUGCCAUGUGAUUUCCUUGGGAAGGUCUGCUUUGACCUUACUACAGCAGCUGCUGGCUGUCUUCUGGGGAUAUCCAGGUCUGCAGCCAAACCCUGCCUAGCUGUGGAGCAGGGGCCCUGUAGGAAGAAAAGGUCCCUGCUCUCAGGAAGAGGGGAUCCAGGCCCCGCAAAAUACGUAUUCCUAUUAGUGCAGAUGUGCCUGCUGUUUCAGGCCAGGCCAAUUCCACAGUGGGCCCAGGAUGAGUUCUAUACGAGCUCUAAUCCUUAUGGACCCACAAAGCCCGGGUCUUCACCCUUUUUGCACAUCCCACCUGAACUUUCAUCACCCAGGAUGGGAGGAUUUGAUUUAACAGGAUCCUCUGCACCAUCUCAGAUGUUUACUGAGCCUCAGGAGCCAACGGAGACCAAUACAGAUACUGCAGAACAGCUACCUCCGGGCUCAGAUGCUUUUACUGUUUCGCAUCAAGACCCGCCAGAGAAGGUGACUCUGCAGCACAGACUCUCACAGAUGGUGCCAGUGCUUGGUGAAGAUCAGACCCGGGCCCAAACUCUGCCUCAUCUACUCAAAGGUGUGCCUGUUGCUUCAGGAUCUUCUGCUCCACCUCAGAUGUUUGCUGAGCCUCAGGAGCCAAAGGAGACCAAUACAGGUUCUGCAGGACAGCUACCUCCUGUGCUAGGUGAGGAUCACAACCCAGCCCGACCUCUGCCUCAUUCGCUCAAAAGUACCACACAGAACAGUGCUCUAGCUGAGGCUUCAGAGCAACCCUCAUCUAAGAUACCAAAACAUACUGUGAAUUCACAAGGGAAAGCAUUUGUUCUUGCACCCGAGGAGCGGCUGAAGGAUCCAGUUUGGGUUGGUUUCCAUGAGCGGAGGCAGCAAAAACUUCAGCUGAGAGCCGCUGAAAACCGAUUGGCACAAUCUCAGCUAGAUCCACUCAAAAGUACCAAAGAAAAGGUUGCUCAAGCUGAGGCUUCAGAGCAACCUUCAUCUAAGAUACCAAAACAUACUGUGAAUUCACAAGGGAAAGCAUUUGUUCUUGCACCCGAGGAGCGGCUGAAGGAUCCAGUUUGGGUUGGUUUCCACGAGCGGAGGCAGCAAAAACUUCAGCUGAGAGCAGCUGAAAACCGAUUGGCACAAUCUCAGCUAGAUCCAAAUAUAAACGUGGCUUAUGUUGACAGUGUGCCUCAGAAAGGCAAAGACAAUGCUGAUGAACCUCUAGAACCCCUUGAGCAAGAUGAAUCUUCUCAGUUCCACCAGCAGGCCCAUACUCAAAACCCCAGGACUCCUGAGAAGCUCCGGUCCCCUGCAGCUCAGGAAGAGCACCCAGUGCAACAGCUUGUUAGCGAGGAGGUUGUGCCAUCAGUAGAAAAAAAGCCUCAACAUUCAACACUGCCAGAUGCCACAGUUCAACCUGCAGAUGUGCAGAUUACCUUCACCACUCCCAGUCACCAACACACUGCAGGCCAGCCUCCAGGGAGACCUCCGGAGGAAGAGCUGUCAUCUACCCAACAAGAGGCGCCAGCUCAACCUUCAGAGCUCCCAGAGUUUGGAGAACCUUCUGAAACCCAUCUAGAAGCCCCAGCUCAGCCUGAAAAACCUUUUGAGGGAGUCAGACCUCCAGGUGAGCAGGAGGCUCCUGUUCAAGCUCCAGGGGCCCCCUUGGAGAGCAUAGAUGUAAGUCCCCCAAACCAUGAGCUGACAGCUCAGUCUUCAGGAGAGGUCCAAGCUCACCAUGCCAACGUCUCCUAUAUUACAGAUAAGCCCCCAGAUGUGAUAGUGACCAUCACUGCAAUGCCUACCAAGGAGACUGAAUCGCCUCUAUCCCACAAUGAGGCUCCAGCUGGUCCUGCAGGUUACAGAGAAGAGACAGAACCUGCUUUCAGUGAGCAGGAGCAGGCAUCUCAACCUGAGUCUCUUGGGGAGACUGAGCCUUCUGUAAUACAGCCUGAAGUCCCUGCUCAGGCUUCAGAGCACAAUGGGGAGGUUGAAUCUUCUCUAACCCAGCAGGAACAACCAGCUCAGUCGUCUGAGCAUCAUGAAUGGACAAUUUCACCUCCAGGUCUGAAUGAAUCUCAGCAUUCAAACUUGGACAGUUUGACUGGUAAGCCUCCAGAUGUGGUGAUUACCAUAACACCACAGUCAACAGAUGCGUGGGGGAAUUCUCCAAUCCCCACUGAGGCUCCAGCUUAUCCCUCAGUCCCAGGGAAUGAUAUGGGACUUUCUAUAACCCAGCAAGAGUCCCCAGCUGGGCCACCAGAGCCUCAAGUGUCCAUACCUGUAUCAAUCCAAGAAGAGGCUCCAGCUUCAGGACCUAGUGGACAUGAAAAGCCUUCCACCCAACAGGAAGCCACAGCAGAGACUACACAGACCUCUGAAGAGGUUAUACCUCCAACCCAGCCUCCAGAGGGAGAAGUGCCACCUCAGCCUCCAGAGCUUCCUAAUGAAAUUGUUCCAGCUACAGAACUUCAUGAGGUUCCACCUGCACCAUUACAGAACAAUACCUCUGGUCCCUUGGAAGACCAGAAUGAGGUCCCAACCCUGAAGCCAAGACCCCCUGCAUUGCAUCAACACUCUCCAGUCUAUGAAGGAAUCUCUCCAGGGCUUGAAGAGCUUCCUGAGGAACCUUCUCCAAGCCAACAAGAGAGCACAACUCUGCUCCCCAAGCCCUCUGAGAAACAUUACCUAAAAACCACAAUGAAACAUGUGGAUCUGGAGUUGACCAUAACUCCACAGACUAAUGAACAAGUUGAAUUUUCUCCAAACCAGUCUGGCCUCCCUUCCCAGCCUCCUCAAGGCCCUGAAAAUGUUGGAUCUUUUUCAGUCCAUCAAGAGACUACAACUCAGACUUCUCAGAAGCAGCAAAGUGCUUCUACAAUUACCAUAAUGGCUUCAUCUCUGCCUGCACAACUCCCCGAGAAGGUGGAACCCUUUCCAGUACCUCCACUGGACAUAGAACUUCCUUCAGUUCAGGAUGUAGAGCCAACUCAGCUUCCAGUGCUGCCUCAUGAGAUGGUGGUGCAACCUCCAGGGCACUAUGAGACGACAGGUCCCACUCCAAAUCAAGAUGUAACUCAGGGUCCAGUAUUGCCCAGUGUCACAUCUCAACCUGUGGACCUGGAACUCACAAUUACUCCAGAAAUCUCUACUACACCUAAACAUUCUACGGACCUCAAAAAGCACCCUUGGGUAACACUUCAACCUGUACACAUCCAACUGACUGUAACUGUGCAAGGUGUUGUAGAUGAAGCCCCAGGUCAGCUUACAAAGCCACCUACAGAGGAUGUGGCACAAUCGGAAGAAAAUCAGGGGGUGACAGUUCUCGUCACAGGUCAGAAUGAAACUCAGCCUUCAGCAUUGCCCAAUGUGACAAUUCAAGAAUUUGACCUGGAAGUUACACUAACUCCAGACUCCACCAUAGAGCAUGAACAUUCUUCAGCUCUGAAGGAAACAACCCCAGAACAACCUGAGGUAACCUUUCUACCCCCUAUUGAGUCUCAGCAUCCCCCUUUGACUGAAGACUCACUUCAUCCGUUUGACAUAGCAAUUACCUUUACUCCAGAUCCCAAUAUGGAGGUUGGGCUUGCGCCAACCAUACAGGACACCUUCACUGACCUUUCAACACCACCCAAGGGUUCUACAACCCAAGCCCCAUUUUCCAUCACAGGUCCGACUCCAACCUGGACUCCAAUGACACACAAGGUCACACCUAAAACAAUGGGCCUACCACUUUCCACAACCUCAGAACCCAUUACAGAGACAGUCCCAACGGAGCCUAUGCCAGAGACCCAGGUUCCGCCUCUGCAGGAGAACACGAAUCAGCCUCUGCAGGAAACCCCGACUCAGCCUCCGCAGGAGACCCCAACUCAGCCUCCACAGGAGGCCCCGACUCCACAUCCGCAGGAGACCCCGACUCAGCCUCCGCGGGAGACCCCGACUCAGCCUCCCCGGGAGACCCCGACUCAGCCUCCGCGGGAGACCCCGACUCAGCCUCCGCGGGAGACCCCGACUCAGCCUCCACGGGACACCCCGACUCAGCCUCCCCGGGAGACCCCGACUACCCCGACUCAGCCUCCCCAGGAGACACCGACUCAGCCUCCGCCGGAGACCCCGACUCAGCCUCCGCAGGAGACCCCAACUCAGCCUCCGCAGGAGACCUUAACACAGAUUCUGCACAAGACUCCAGCACAGCCGCUGCAGGAAACUCUAACACCGCCUCCACAUGAGCUUCCAGCACAGCCUUUGCAGGAAAUUGCAAUACAGACUCUGCAGGAAACUUCAACCCAGCCUGUGCAAGAGACCCUAACCCAGCCUCUACAGGAGAUCCCAACUCAACCUCUGCGGGAGAUGCCAGCUCAACCCCUGUGGAAGACUGUAACCCACCCAAACCAGAAGACCCCAACUUUGCCUCAGCCAAAAACUCCAACUCAGCCUUGGCAGAAGACCUCAACUCAUCCUCUUCUGAAGCCCUUAAGUCAGCCUCACUGGAAGAUUCUAACUCAAUCUCAGUGGAGGACCCCAACUCAGACCCCACAGACACAGUUGGAGCCUGAGGCUAAACCUCCAACAUCAGGCUAUCAGCCAAUGUCAAGGAAUACAAAGACUGUACCUGGUGCCAUCCUGAAGACUACUAGUACUCUUCCUCCAAAACUCACUACGGUGCCACUUCCACAUCCCUAUAGGUUUGGGACUCAACCUCCAACCCUGAUUCAAGGCACAGUUAAAACUUUGAGUCAGGAACAGGAACAACUUCCUAAUAAUCAGUUAACAACAUCCACCACAGAAAAUGCUUUAGCUGUGCAAACAGAACAGAAGGCCCCUCCAAGCAUCAGCUUAUGUGAGCUCUGUCACUGCCAAGACCAGACACUGUCAUGUGUGGAUCUCAGCCCAAGUCAGAGGCUCCGCCAAGUUCCUGUGCCAGAUAUCGACCCCAAGAAACAACUUUUCACUGUCUUGCAAGUAUCCCCCUACCUCCUUUGUGCUGGGCAUUCUUUUCUCAAGGUCUUCCUCCUCUCUCCAAUCCAAUCUUGAAUAAUAUUUACUAUUUUUUUUCUUAU